AGUUUACUCAGAUUCAAGAAUUAUUUAAAAAUAGAAUUUUUGUGAGAGUUUUCACCGCUCAACGUAUUAAAAAAACAUUUUACUUUCAACGCACAUUGCAAGAACAACAAGAUAUUUUAGUGCAAGAAAAUUACCAAAAAAUUCAGUUUCAUUUCAUAAUACACAAAAGUUCUCUACUGAUCGUGGGGGAUCGAGAAAAUUCCUAGCAGGCAAACACACAAAAAAGUUUUAUUGAAUAUUUUUUAGUAAAUAAAUGAAAAUGACGACAACAAAUGCAACAGAUGAAUCGGGGGCGGAGGCCCUAACCUAUAAAGAUAAAGGUAAUGAAGCUUUUAAGCAGGGCAAAUGGCAAGAGGCCAUUGAAUUAUACACAAUGGCUAUCAAAAAAGGCGAUAAACACAAGGAGUUGCCCGUUUUCUAUAAAAAUCGUGCUGCUGCUUAUUUAAAAUUGGAAGAUUUUACUGCUGCCUUAAAGGAUUGCAAUGAAUCUUUAAAACUGACACCUAAAGAUCCCAAGGCUUUAUUCCGCCGCGCUCAGGCCUAUGAAGGUCUAAAGAAAUACGAAGAAUCCUAUAAAGAUGCUACCGAUUUGUUUAAGGAAGAUCCCAAUAAUCAGGCGGUGCAGCCCAUGUUAAAGCGUUUACAUUUAAUAAUACAAGAAAGAGCCGCAAAAAAUGCCCAAACAUCGACAAAAGUUAAACAAAUGAUGGAUUUAUGUUUUGAUAUAGCAACACCCUCGGAAAAGAGGCGUUCGGCUUCCAAUAAUCUAUUGGUUUUGGCUAAAGAUGAAGUAGGAGCUGACCUUUUGUUUAAAGCAGGUUGUAUUAGCAAAAUUGCUUCCAUAACUAAAAUUGAAAAGGAUGCUGACAUCUAUGUCAACCUGGUGAGAGUGGUAGCUGAACUUUGCAAUCAUUCAGUACCACGUACUAAGGCUGUGCUCACCGAAUUAGGAGUGCCAUGGUUUAUGCAUGUUUUGGAUCACAGACACGAAGAGCGUGUCUCUGCUGCCCAAUAUUGUUUGCAAACUAUUAUUAAUGCUCUGUCGGGCAUGGAAAUUAAACCGGAUAGUAAACCCAAUAAGGAUAUGUGCAAAGAAAAUUAUAAAGAAAUCGAUACUUUACUCUCCUGUUUGUUGUACAGUAUUACUGAUCGCACUAUCUCGGGUCCGGCACGUGACGCUGUUAUGGAAUUGUUGACAAGAAAUGUUCAUUAUACUGCUCUUGAAUGGGCUGAACGUUUGGUCGAACUUAGAGGUCUUUAUCGUUUGCUGGAUGUUUGUUCUGAACUAGAGGAAUAUAAAUAUGAAAGUGCUAUGGAGAUUACUCCCUCUUCACGUACGAUUGCAUCGGUUUGUUUGGCCCGUAUUUAUGAGAACAUGUACUAUGAUCAGGCUAAGGAACGUUUCCAGGAACAAAUCGAUGAGUAUAUAAAGGAUAAAUUGUUAUCACCCGAUUUAGAGUCGAAAGUUAGAGUGACUGUGGCCAUAACCUCGCUAUUGUUAGGUCCUUUAGAUGUGGGCAAUCAAAUUAUCGCUAGAGAGGGUAUUCUACAAAUGAUUUUAGCCAUGGCUACCACUGAUGAUGUGCUACAGCAAAAGGUUGCUUGUGAAUGUAUUUAUGCAGCCUCCUCGAAGAAAGAUAAAGCUAAAGCUUUAUGUGCCGGUGGCGUUGAUAUUCUCAAGAAACUCUAUCAUUCAAAGGAUGAUGGUAUACGUGUACGUGCUCUAGUGGGUCUUUGUAAAUUGGGCAGUUAUGGUGGUCAAGAUGCAGCGAUAAGACCAUUUGCUGAUGGUGCCACUUUAAAAUUAGCCGAAGCCUGUCGCCGUUUCUUAAUUAAGCCAGGUAAAGAUAAAGACAUACGCAAAUGGGCAGCCGAUGGUUUGGCCUAUCUAACAUUGGAUGCUGAGGUGAAAGAGAAAUUAAUUGAUGAUAAAGCAGCCAUACAUGCGCUCAUUGAUUUGGCGCGCACCGGUGAUCAAUCAUGUUUGUAUGGUGUAGUAACAACAUUUGUUAAUUUAUGCAAUGCCUAUGAGAAACAAGAAAUAGUACCCGAAAUGGUAGAAUUAGCCAAAUUUGCAAAGGUUCAUAUACCCGAAGAACAUGAAUUGGAUGAUCCAGAUUUUGUGCAGAAACGUAUAGUGGUGUUGGUUAAUGAGGGCAUUACAACUGCUUUGGUGGCUUUAUCGAAGACGGAAAGUGAUAAUUCUAAGGAAUUAAUAGCCAGAGUUUUAAAUGCCGUCUGCAGUUUGCAGGAGUUGAGAGGCAAGGUGGUGCAAGAUGGUGGUGUUAAGUGUCUUUUGAAAUUAGCUUUAGAGGGCACUGAUAAGGGUAAACGUCAUGCUUGCCAGGCAUUGGCACGUAUUGGUAUUACCAUUAAUCCCGAAGUGGCCUUUGCAGGACAAAGAAGUCUUGAUGUUAUAAGACCUUUACUAAAUUUAUUGGCUCAAGAAUGCACUGCUUUGGAAAACUUUGAAUCGCUUAUGGCCUUAACUAACCUGGCAGCCAUGAAUGAAAAUGUACGUCAGCGCAUUAUCAAAGAACAGGGUAUUUCCAAAAUCGAAUUCUAUCUAAUGGAAGAUCAUUUACUUUUAACACGUGCCUCUGCACAAUGUUUGUGCAAUAUGAUUAUGUCCGAGGAUGUAGUUAAAAUGUUUGAGGGUGAAAAUGAUCGUGUCAAAUUUUUGGCUCUACUCUGUGAAGAAGAAGAUGAGGAUACGGCUAAAGCCUGUGCUGGUGCCUUGGCUAUGUUAACAUCAGUUUCGAAAAAAUGUUGUGGCAAAAUCUUUGAUGUUCAAUCUUGGCUAGAAAUUUUACAUGUUUUAAUAGCCAAUCCCAGUCCCGAAGUACAACAUCGUGGUGUUGUUGUUAUAUUGAAUUUAAUUAACUCUUGUGAAGAAUAUGCCAAACGUUUGUUUGAAACGGAUAUUAUGGAAUUGUUAAGUGGUCUAUCGCAAUUACCCGAUGAUACACGUGCUAAAGCCAGAGAAGUGGCCUUGCAGUGUCUUAAAGCUGCCGAAAAUUAUAAACUUAUAGCCAAAUCGGAUGAUGCUGUAGCCACCACAGAAACUGCUACAAUUGAAGAGAUUAAAGAAGAAUGAUUUAUUCUUUUAACGUUUAUUUAUUCUUUUUAACGAAUUUUAUAAAUUUAUGAAAAGUUUUUUUUUAUGCAAUUCAUUUUUAAAAUAUUUAUUUUUACUAACAUUGUUUUCAUAAAAAAGUUUAUUUUU